AUGUCACGCGAGCAUAAUCCAGACAAGGGCUUGAUGAAGUCAAAUACAUUCAUUCAUGCGUUAAAUGGAUUCCUCCGCUCCGAAAGAACUGAAGCCCUCCCUCGUUUUGAAUACGAAUCACCAACAAGUGGCCCUUUUCUUUUCUUUGCAAGAUAUCUGUAUCCAGCUGCGACUACCGUGCUUAUGAGAGACGGCGCCACUGAUCCUUCUGGAAGGUCGAAGCUGAGUAUCUGUUGCUCGGGUUUCACUGAUGCACGAAGGUGUAGCCUAGUCCCUUCAGAGGGCUCUGUUUGUGCGGUGCACAGGAAUGUCGCCAGACAUGAUGGAUCUAUUCUUCUGGCAGAUGAUUCUUUACGACAACAACCUGUUUAUAGAGUCGGUGUUCUAAGCUCUGAUCGACACCAAGUCGUGAUGGUUCUCGAGGAAUUCCAGAUAAAAAGGUGCAAUGCGUCAUUUCGUGCCGCUCAUAUCGCUUUAGCUAUCCCGUUGUCAUCAGUCAUCUGGGUCAUUCCUGCAAUCUCUAUCGCCACCUUCAUCUAUCACAUUAUCAUCCUUUUUGUCGGCAGCUGGGAAACGACUGAAGCACCCCGACUAUACACGAAGUACUGCAUUGCGUGCGCGUAUGCGGCCGCGGUGUUAUGGAUCGCAAACCUUGGUGUCGCAAUCACAUACACGGCAUUGCUUUACGCCAACAAGCUGCACCAGAGCACUGCCAUGCACAAAAUCUGGCUGCCCAUCAUCACAGCAGUCUCUCUCUCGCAGUCACUGUUGCUCGUCUUCAUGGCUAUAAAAUUGCGCCGAGAGAUAAAAGAAAUUGAAUAUCGUAACAAAUGGAGGUGGCGGAUCGGAAGCCCCGCCAACGGCUCUCAGUGGAGCAUUGCUAAACUCUCCUCAUGA